UCUUGAGAAAGGUUUCGUGACGUCACAUUCACCGAUAUUUUCUCGGCCUGGGCGUCCUUUUCGGCCGGUUUUUCGACUUGGCAAAUUGAAGGGCGUCCAAAAUAAGUGGGAAAAAUUAGUUUGGGGAGGCCCGCGGCCCUAGACCCGGCGAAAAGCGCAACUGGAGCGAGGUGUCUGCUGCGAAGGAUCAAUAAUGGAACGCAUCUCAGCAGCAGUCAUCAGUCAGUGAAUAACCCGAGUGCAACCUUACCACAAAUCCCGACGAAAUUCCUACUCAUGUCUACGCCCUUCGUGGCUUCUUUGCGCGGGGCUCACGGCCAUGGCCUCUUCCUCGUCGUAGUGUGCGAAUUAUAGUGACCACCCGAGUGAAAUGAGAGUGAUAACAGUGGCAUAGCAGAAGCAGCAGGAAACAUGGACCUCCUGAUGGUGAAAUGAGACGUAGGGUUCUCCGUUUAUUUCCUCUCCACUUGAACCUUCGCGACCAUGAGUGGACGACCCAGGACGACCAGCUUCGCUGAGGGCAACAAGGGGCCUCCCUCCGUGUCCUUCCCUGGCAUGAAAAUCAGCAGUAAAGAUGGCAACAAAAUCACUACGGUUAUUGCCACUCCAGGCCAGGGUUCGGACAGACCGCAGGAGGUCUCUUAUAUGGACACAAAAGUCAUUGGUAAUGGCAGUUUCGGUGUUGUAUUCCAAGCAAAGCUGUGUGAAACAGGGGAACUCGUUGCCAUCAAGAAGGUGCUUCAAGAUAAACGAUUUAAGAACCGUGAAUUGCAGAUAAUGAGAAGAAACUAAACACUUGAAUAUAGUUACCUGAAAUAUUUCUUCUAUUCCAGUGGUGACAAAAAAGAAGAGGUGUUUUUGAAUCUAGUGUUAGAGUUUAUCCCAGAGACAGUAUAUAAAGUAGCAAGGCAUCACAGCAAACAGAAGCAGACGAUACCAAUCAGCUAUGUUAAGUUGUAUAUGUACCAGUUGUUCCGGAGCCUAGCCUACAUACACUCUUUGGGGGUAUGUCAUAGAGACAUCAAGCCCCAGAACCUUCUUUUAGAUCCAGAGACAGGCGUUCUCAAGCUCUGUGAUUUUGGGAGUGCCAAACAUUUGGUGCGAGGGGAGCCCAAUGUAUCAUACAUAUGCUCCCGUUAUUACAGGGCUCCAGAACUCAUAUUUGGGGCCACUGAUUACACGACUAAUAUAGAUGUAUGGAGUGCCGGCUGCGUCUUAGCAGAGCUGUUAUUAGGGCAACCCAUCUUCCCAGGGGAUUCAGGAGUGGAUCAGUUAGUAGAAAUAAUUAAAGUCCUUGGCACGCCGACCCGCGAGCAGAUUAGAGAGAUGAAUCCAAACUAUACCGAGUUCAAGUUCCCUCAGAUCAAAUCACAUCCUUGGCAGAAGGCAUUGAUGUCACGCAUGGCUGAUUCAACCAGCAAUGAUAAAAAUCAUCAGAAGAUUAGAGUGUUCCGUCAGCGCACACCUGAGGAUGCCAUCAACCUGGUUUCACGAUUGUUAGAAUAUACACCAUGUGCGCGUAUCACGCCUCUUCAGGCAUGCGCACACAAGUUUUUCGAUGAACUCAGGGAUCCAAAUACAAGACUACCAAAUAACAGAGAAUUACCACCUCUCUUCAACUUCACAGAUCAAGAAGUCAAGAUCCAACCAGAGUUGAAUAGUAAAUUGAUUCCUCCACAUUAUCGAGGUGAGCCGGCCAAUAGCACCAGUGGUGGAGGUGGAUCUUCCACUGUGGAUUCAUCGGAGGGUGCUGCAGCAGCUGCUGUAAAUGAUAAUUAGGAUGGAAGAUAUUGCAUCAUCAUCCAAGCCAGCCUUCCCAGCAGACUGCCUCCUUUUGCCCCCAUGGUGCCUUGCUAUCCACCAUACCCUACUCCUGUCUUCUUCCCCACUGUGUACAGAGCUCCAGUUUGGGGAUAAGGCCUUGCCAUGGGGGCUCUGGAGGCCAUCAUUUCUUGGGCCAAUAGGCUGUACCUCAAGCUGUUUUCAGACUUUUAUCAUGUGGCUCCCAUGAUAUGUAAAUUGUACAUAUAUUGAAAAUUAUUAGUUAAUGACUACCCUGGCUUGAGGCACCCAGCAGUCAUACCAUUUGCUUGUUAUUGCAUACUUUGUGGCAGUGUAGCCAGCCCAGGUGCCCUUGACCUGAUGGCAAGAACUUGGUGCCAAUGGUCAGCCCACAGGUGCCCAGUCCACUGCAUGUGUGGUAGCAACCGUUUGGGCCACGGGGGCGAGCUAGAGAGACCCGUUGCUCAGCAGUGGAGCCAGCCUCUGGGACAUUAUUGUUUGUCUGGGACUAUCAUAGUUAGGUCCAUCAUCAAAUGUCUGCACCAAGUUUCGUAGGCCACUGUUGCAUGGGAGUCUGUAUGCUGUGACGAGGUGUAUAGUUUGACCAACAGCAAUGUGCUCCCUCUUGGUAUUCUGCUGCCUCCCUCCCACCUCCCCCCCCACCCCUGCUGUCCCCUUGCCUUCUCACCUGCAGCAGCUAGUUCACCCAAAGCCAGUGCUAGUGAUGAGUUGUGAGUUGUUGGUGUGUCACACUGAGUUAGUGCCAAUGUUACUUGUAGUGUCACCUCCGUUGACCCACCCUGGGGUCAUAUUGUUCCUGCUCCUCUGCCAGGGACACCUGCUUCCUUUGUAGAGCAUCAGUGUCCCUGGAAUUGCAAAAAAUAUAUAAUAUAAUUAUUAUAAUAAUAUAAAAGUAAAGGAAUUGUCAUUUAAUAACAAGGCCAGCCUGAACUUCACUGGCCCAUAGACAGCACAUACCACCACCACCACCAGACUAUCCCAUCACCAGUAGAAGGCAAGGUUAGUUUACUUACUUGUCACCCUAUUUUGUGAUCUCUAGCCAUGUUGGUUUAGAUAAUUAAUUUAAUUCUUUGACCAUCAUGGUGUGGAUUACUUAGGCCUUGGCAGGAUAGACUAGGACUGGACGACUUGCUUGUGCUGCUUGCAUGGAAGUUAUCACGAAAAGGGUUUUUGCACAGCGCUCUGAACAAGCUGACGAACUUCUGGGAAUAGCAAGCAGUCUUAUUCUGCUUGACCUGCAUUUUAAUGUUGGAAUUACUCUUAUGUAUAUAGUGUUCAUUUUCACUUUUGCCAUCACGAGUACAAGGUUCUCCAAGUGGUUGCAGCAGACAACUAGGGCUAAUGGCCAUCAUAUGUAAUUUAUCACAAAGUACUUGGGCAGACUUCUGUUCAAUGAAUCUGUGAUCUACUGUACUGUUUUGAGCAUUGAGAGGUGUCAGGUGUAUCAUAGUGAUUGUCUCAUUUUUCUUUUUUCUUUGUAAUUAACCCCUUAUUGUGUAAGUGAAGUGAAGUAAGAUACGCUAACUCCUUGAAACUCACCAUUCGGGUGGUUUUUGUCCCAACACCAACCAGAGAAGUUUUACACCAGUGCAUGUAAUUGUUCCUGACAUUAGUGAAAUAGAAACAACAAAGCAACAAUGGUGAUCAACUUUGGGAGGUCAGUUCUGCUUUGAGUAUAGUUAUCAUUUUGUGUUGUAUGUAUGUAAAAAUAUUCACUGUCCAAGGCUUUUAUGAUUUCGACUGAAUUGCUCACAAAACAAAUCCUUGAAAAUAGAUGAAUGUUUGAGUUUAGUUGCUGUGGUCAUUUUAAGUUAUGUUUUGACAGCAUGCAUUGCAUCAUAGUUUUAUAAAUAUAACCAGAACUCUAUUUGGAACUGCUGUUUUAAGGAUUGCGAGGCAGUUUAAUUAACAGAAUUUGAUGGAAGCAUCAUUUUGAGCUUUAAAUCUUUCUUUGAAUCAUUCCUGUAUAAGGCAAGUAGGAAAUAUAGCCUUGUUUUUAAUCAAAUCAAAAAUUCUAGACCCUAUAUAAAAAUACAAAAAAAUAUAUAUAUAUCUUUCUCCAUGUCAGGGCUGCCCAUGAACUACUGACAAUUCAAUAGUUAUUGAACUGCUACAAAUAGUAGGAUAUGUCCUAUUUUGAUCUACAACUGUAAAAGUCAAGCUUUAUUACCAUACUACUAAUUAUUUUGCGAUUCAAAUUCUUAGGGACUAGGCCAAGUGAAGCAGGACCUGUCAGAUAUUGUAAUUAUAUAUAUGAUAAAUAUUAUAUAUAUAUAUGAUAAAUAUUAUAUAUAUAUAUAUAUAUAGAAAAUCAUCAACAGGCAUGAAAUGUUAUCUGUUCAAAGCAUUACAGUCCAAUUGGCAACGUUGAGUGUUGACAAUUUUACAACGGGACUUUUCCUUCUGGCAUUGUAUUCCAUUUUAUUCUGCGAGGAAGUAACCUUCAUAAAAGUCCCUGCAUAAGAAAGACCUUUACACACUGAACAAGUCCGAAUACAAAUAUGCAGUGCUGGGCGUUUGUGGGUAUUGCUGCAAGAAAAUCAUCUUUAAUUUGUGGCUUUGUUCACUCAAUAGAAUGAAACACAAUUUGUGCAGAAAAAAUUAUAUAUAUAUAGACUGCAACAUGUAGUUAUAUAGGUAGACACUUUUGCGGGAGGGGACACGUGAAGAUCAGGUGUGCGUGUGUGUGUGCGCGUGUGCUUGUGUUCGUUUGUGCAACGGGUUGUCAAAAAAAAGAAGGCAGGUGAAAAAUGUAAAUGAUGUUUUACUCUAUUGGGUGUCAAAAAUAUAUUCUGGUAAUGUAUGAAAUUCCUUUCCUUUCUUUUAACUGAAUAUUAGUUUAAUUUAAUAUUGUUUCAUAUGUAUAAAGAUAAAAAUUGAUGCUAUGGGGUUAAGUGUAAAAUAGAAUAACUUCUGUACAGUAGAGCCAUAAAAAUGGAAGGAGUAUACUGGAAAUGGAGUUGAUGGAAGAAGAGAUGGUUUCAAAUGCAGUGGAGAGAUCUGACAACCCAGGCACUACAUUGUUACCACUUGACAGAUGUGUUUGGCCACAAAUUACACAACAAACAAAGGGAAAAAGUAUAUAUAUAUAUAUACAUAACCAUGGAAUACUUCUCAUUUAUAUCAUCACCAAACAAAGCACUUGAAUAGAGCGAAAGCUGAACCAGAGUGCUCGAUUGUCUGUCAAUGGUGCGACAUAGCCGCGACACUGCUCCGAGGACGUGUGCGCUUUUAAACUACACAAGCAUCAAGUGAACUUUCCACUGGAAAAAAAUAUGCUCAAGUCUGUGCAGUCUACAAUUCCUUUAAAGUACCCUCUCAAAGUCAAUAAGAAAUGAUGCAUUGCUCAAGUUUCUCUAUAUUGUAUAUUAAUUGUGUUUGGGGAUUGAAUUUGGGGAUGACAUUAUUUUUUGCUACUGUACUUGGAAUAAGAGAAUCAUUCUGAACUUUAAAAUAUCUAUGCUAAUGAUGAUGUUGCUAUUCUUGUUCAAAUCCACUGAUCUGUUCUGGAUGUGAAUAUUUCGUUUAUGUAUAAGAAGCUAAAAUUGUUUUAGUGUAAAAUAGAUACCUGUACUCUUUUUGAUUGUCAUGAAAGAAUGCUAAGAAGUCGAUGAUGAUGUUUAUGAGGGUGGUACUGCUCUGCAUAUAUGCCAUACAGCCCAUAGGAGGAACUUGGGGAUUAAAAUAAGGGAAAAAAAAAAAAAGUUGGAAUUUUUUUUUUUUUAUUAUAUUUGGAGCAGUGUCGUGGUUGAAAAGGGAGACCUAUCGUGAGUCCACCACACCUUAGCCAAUAUUUGUAAUUACCCUAAUGUAAAAAAUGUACUCUAAUGCUUAAAGUGUGCUUUGAAAUUAAUGUAGAUGCAACUGUUCUUGUUCUUAUGUUUUUCUUAAUGGAUGUACUUUUAAAUGACAUGUAGUACAUGUACUAAGUUUAUAGUAUAAUUGUUUUAAUAAAGAGCAGUUGUAUUACUGUCUA